AUGGUGGCACUCGCGUCGGCGUUUGUCGCCGACCCGGUGAUUGCUGCCGAUAAGCCGCUCCCUUGGGAUGGUCGCGCGUACGACCUGACCGUCGAGACGUUGCCGGAGAAGUACCUGACGCACAUCCUGACCAUGCGCAACAACGGCACGGACGGAAAGGUUUCGGACUACGUUUCAAUCGACAAGGGUGGUCGCUUGCCCGCCUACAAUGGUGACACGGGCGUCAUCAACAUUGGCGUGGACGCGAAGGCCAUUUUCAAAACCCAGACUAAUUUCCGACGCUCCGAACUCGUCCAGAAUGUUGCCGCCAACACGAAGGGUUCAACCUUCUUUCGUACCAGUGUCAUGAAAGAGGAGGCCUUCCUCAACCCGUACGCGUGGCAAAUGGUCUUCCCGGAGUCGCACAUCUUCGAGAUCCGUGUCGACGCCACGGUCAAACCCGCUAAAAUCAUCUAUCUUACCAAUGGCACCUAUGACGCCAAGUGGGAAACAGAGUUCGUGCCCGGGACGUGGUAUAACUUCGGCAUCGGUGUUUCGCCCGCCGCUUCCGAAACUGGUGCGUAA